AUGAAUGUAAAACUAAGAACAAAGAAAACAAGUGCCCCCCAAAGAUUUGGGAGGCAAGGUCGUGGUCAGGAGAGGGUAGACGGCCGUCAGGGACACUCCACUCGACCGGGUUCACGCCGCUCGAUCGAGCUUGCAGCUCUCUUCUUCCUCUUCAUCGUUGAAGUGUGUGUGGCUCCCUUGGCCUUGGUGGAGCCUGGCUAG